GCCCGCGCAAACACAAUACGGUGAACGCUAUGCCGGAUCUCUACGUGGACGUCGUCGAGAGCCUCCUGGCUACGGUCGAGGCCACCGACAUGGACAGGGAGAUGCUUCGCGGCUACUUCGCGGACGUCUCCCAGCACGCCAACGGAGACAGCCUGGCCGCGAGGAUCCUGUCAUCCGUACGUGCGCCUGUACUACUCGCACGCAGCUCGCGUGCCGCGGUGCUCUACAUGUCAUACCUACUUACAUGUGCCUACUAACCCUCGAAAAGAUGAUCCGAUUCCUCGAGUCUCGCAUGGACAUCUCGGACCUCCACCGCCGUGUCCUAGAGAACUUGGUUACUGAGCUAAAGAAUCGUGCCGAUACUUCUGUCCGCAGGGCUGCUUCUGCUGCCACCGCUGCGACGGACAAGUCGGCCUCGCUAAAGUAUGAUGGAGGCAAGGGAGGCGCCCUCGUAGACCUCUCGGAAUUUCCACCGGCCGAGCCGGACGACGACGCCGGCAGCAAGGUUCAAGGUGGCGACGCAGCUCCCUCGGCCGAGGAUCUUCUCCCGGAGUGUCAUCCAGACACCGGUUUGGCUAAGACCGCCGACGAAGAGACGACAAUGCCACGCACCAACCCGUCCGGCGCCACACGUCGGCUCACCUCCACGCCCACGUCGUGUCAGGUUAAGCAGGAGGUUUUCGAAGAUUGGUCCAGCGAUGGCGGGGAUCGAGUUGUCAGCGGCGGUGGAGGCUGGGAGGGGGGCUAUGCUAGUCGGGUCCGCCAGGAGCGAAUUGAGAAGAAGCGGUUUAGCGGUCACGAUUCAGCUGGUAAAGGGGCUAGACCCGGAGAAGGCUGCGACCGAGACGUCAAUGACGACGAUCCUCCCGACACGGCCCCUGGGAGUCUUAAGGCCCCGACUGACCAUUGGGCCGUACUCGACGAGCCGCCAGCGGUAAGCGCUCCGUGUCGCUUGGGGGCGUGUGGGGGGUUACGGGUAAAUACUCAUACGUGCUAACUCUGGCCGCUAGGGCAAAGAGGAAGAGGCCGGCGAUUUCGAGACGUCCAACAGGGCUCGCGGCAAAUCGGGGGUGUCUAGC